AUAUAUACCCCUUUUCCGAAGACCAACAUGGCGGAUGUUUCAGAGGAGAAAAAGGAGGAAAAUAGGCUGAAAGAGGAGAGUGAAGAAGAGGACGAAGAUGAAGAUGAAGAUGAAGAGGAGCGAGAACCAGAACUGAAAUAUGAAAGAAUUGGAAAUGCUAUAUCUAAAUUAUUUGCAGAUGAUUCUGCAAGUUGUAUGGCUGUCCAUUCUAAGUUUUUAGCUCUUGGUACUCAUGGUGGUGUGGUACAUGUUCUUGAUCACCAGGGAAACAACAUAAGAAACAAGGAAUUUCCCUCCCACACAACCACGGUUAACCAAAUAAGCAUUGACAAUAAUGGUGACUACAUUGCUAGCUGUUCAGAUGAUGGGCGGGUGGUAAUCAAUGGUUUGUACAGCUCAGAAAAUAAUUUUCAACAGAGUUUUGAUACUCCUGUUAAAGCUGUAGCAUUAGACCCAGAAUUUUCCAAGAAAAGCACCAAGCCGUUUGUUACUGGUGGCGAUAAGUUGGUACUUCAUGAGAAAGGUUUCUUUCGUUACAAAUCAACAGUGCUGCAUGGUGGUGAAGGGGCAAUUAGUACAAUACGAUGGAAAUCGUGUUAUAUUGCCUGGGCAAAUGACAUGGGUGUCAAAGUGUACGAUAUCAGCUUGAACCAGCUGAUAACGAAUAUACGAAGAGAACCAAACAGCCCAAGACCUCAACUCUAUCGCUGCAACUUGUUUUGGAAAGACAACACGACUUUGAUUGUGGGUUGGGCAAACAUAGUUCAAGUUUGCAAUGUUAAAGAAAGAAUAAAAAAUGCUGUUGUGCAAAAUCCAGAUCAUAAGUUUCUUCCUUCGAAAUAUGUUGAAAUAGUGGCUAUGACAGUUCUGGAAUAUUAUAUUUGUGGAAUUGGACCAUAUGGCAAUGAUUUGAUCAUUUUAUCUUACGUGGUGGAUAAAAAUACAAACGAUGGCAAGAGCAAAGCGACUCGACCUUUAGUACGAAUCAUGCACCCAGAAAAAUAUGACGAACUUUCAGAAAUUAUCGCAGAUGCACUGUCAGUGAGAGGAUUUGAAAACUAUUCGUGUAAUCAUUAUCAUUUAGAACCUUUGCCAGAAGAAAGUCUGUUUUUUAUCAUUAGUCCAAAAGACAUUGUCUUGGCAAAGCCAAGAGAAAUUGAUGACCAUAUUGACUGGCUGGUUGAAAAUAAAAAAUUUUCAGAAGCUCUCAUUUCAGUGGAGGCGAAUCAAAAAAUCCUAAAGCGGAAUAAUUAUUUGGAUAUUGGACGGCAAUACCUGAGACAUUUAAAGUCUGAAGGUCAAUAUUCGGAGGCUGCGAGAAUGUGUGUGAAAGUUUUGGGCAAUGAAACAAGUCUUUGGGAAGACGAAGUUUACAAUUUUGCCAAGAACCAUCAAGUGCACGCCAUUGCACCUUUUAUUCCGCGUGACCCAAAUGAUUCAAACAGACUAAACAGUACAAUUUAUGAAUUUGUCUUGGGCAAUUUUUUACAAAACAAUGUCGAGGGUUUCCAACAACUCGUUAAAGAAUGGCCCUUUGAGCUGUACAAUGUUAAACCUGUCAUAGCUGCACUCAAAGAUAAAUUGUUGAAAGAUCCUAAGAAUCCAAUCCUGUUACAAUGUCUUGGGGAACUGUACACAUCGCAAGGUCGUUAUGAUCAAAGCCUGGCAAUCUAUCUCGAAUUAAAAUAUGAUGGAGUAUUCGAAUUAAUCCACAAGCACAACCUACUAGAUUCUAUUCAUGAUAAAAUUGUGAUGCUAAUGGAUUUUAAUACGAAGAAAGCAGUUUCAAUGCUGGUAGAAAAUAUUAAGAAAGUUUCGAUUGAAGUUGUUGUUCGACAAUUAACCCCACGUCCAGAAUACUUGUACACGUAUUUAGAUGCUGUGUUUCAGAAAGACCCAGAACUUAGUAUGGAUUUUCAUGAAAUUCAGGUUCCACUUUAUGCAGAGUUUGAUCGUCCGAAGCUGCUCCCGUUUCUAAAAAGAAGUAAUUAUUAUCCUCUUCAAAAAGCACUCAAUGAAUGCAAGCAAAGAGAACUGAUCGAAGAAAUGGUGUUUUUACUUGGUCGUAUGGGAAAUAACAAGGAAGCUCUUCAGCUGAUUAUUGAAAAAGAAGCUGAUGUUGAGAAGGCCAUUGUUUUCGCAAAAGAGAAAGAUGAUGAAGAACUGUGGGAAGACCUCAUCACGUAUUCUUUAGAUAAACCAGCGUUUAUCACUGGAUUGUUGCACAAUAUAGGGACACAUGUUGAUCCCAUAAAACUUAUUAAGAGGAUACCUUCUGUUAUGGAAAUUCCCGGACUUCGUGAUUCGUUGGUCAAAAUUUUACACGACUACAAUUUGCAGAUUUCAUUGCGUGAAGGAUGCAAAAAGAUACUGGUUAAAGAUAGUGUAUCGUUAAUGCAGCGAGCUACAAGAACAAGACAGAAAGGUGUUUCCAUUACUGAGUUGUCGACAUGUUCUAGUUGUCAAGGAAGCGUAUUGGUAUUAGACACACGUCAAGCAAGUCAAAUUGUCACGUUCUUCUGCAAACAUGUUUUUCAUAUGGAUUGUUUGGCUGAAAAAGAUCAGGAAUUACAUUGUCAGAUAUGCACAUCUCGUGGUCAAACCAAAAAAACUGUACGAAACCAGACCAGGUUUUUAAAAACAGUGUGACUAAUGUAAUGCAACUUCAGGAAGAAGUCAUGCAGGUAUCUCGGUCUGAUAGCUUCAUGAUUUCUGAUGGUAAUUAUUAAUUGUUAAUUCACAAUUAUGAGCGAAGGCGAGGUAAAUAUCGCUGAAUGAAAGCUGAAGGUAAGUCGUGAUUGAUGGAAGUCAAUACAAAGCAAAGUUUUUAACAACUUAUCAAGAUGAAUGCACGCUAUAUAGGAUCCUCUAAAAACCUCUUUUCGUCUAACUUUGUCGUUUUUUUCAAAUUGUGGGCGAAACCCUCAUGCAGAAAUACUUGCGUGUUUUGAAAACCAGCGCACGUGUUUUACGCAUGCUAGCCGCAAGGAAGAACGUAGGAGUGCCUUGUUUGGUCAUUCAGUCUUUCCCAGGUAUUUCCUACAUUGGCGAUAUUUUGGAGGAAAUUUUUUUUAUUCAUUCAGCAAUGAUCAACCUAAUGAUUCAUUUCAACCUGUAUGGAUGUCAACUUCGGGCGACCAACGUUCAAAAUGCGUUUGUCAGUGUGAUUUAAGGCUGUGCUACACGUUGCAAUUUUUCUUGCGACUGGCAAUACAAAUAUGCAAUUCCACUACAUAACUGCAGUACAUAAAUACUUUUCGAAAGUUUGUACAUGUAGGUGGAAACACCCGUGGAGUGCAUUGAACACAAGUUUCUUAGUUGUUAUAUUUUCAUCUCUCAAAAGUAGAAUUGCAUUGCAAGUUACAAGAAAAAUUGCACUGUUUGACACAGGCUUUACCGGCAUUGGUAAUUAAAACAAGUCUGGAUGUAUAUGCUAGCACUUGAUAGCUAAAAACCAGAGGUGUAUUUUGCACUUUUAUCAUCAUAAUAUUUGUAUGAUUAAAUUCAAAAAUUCUCAGCUAAAUUUUCUGCAAAAAUCAAAAUGAACAAAAUGUAUGUAGAUGUUGCCCGUCCGUCUAUUUAUUAAAAUGACAAAUUUAAGAAAACCUAUAAUGUAGCUAGAACUAAAUAGAACAAUGUUGAAAA